AUGGGUCAAUCUUGGUGGCUUCUGGUUUUGCUCUUAUCCGUUGACUCGAAGUCGAUUCAAAGCUCGCAAGUUUGCACGACUUCUGGAUGCACCAGGGCGGCUAGUAUGCUUUUAAACGCGAUUGAUCCAGCGAUUGAUCCAUGCGAGGAUUUCUACGAAUUUGCAUGCGGUGGCUACAAGAUGACCCAUCCAUUAAUCAACGAUGGUACCGAAGCAAGUGUGAUCGGGAACGCAAAGAAGAGACAAAUGGGAAUCGUGCAAAACUAUUUGGCUGAAGCGCCCUUCAAUCCGAAUGCAUCAAUCGCUGACAAACGAGUCGCAAAACUUUAUCAGCUUUGUCUCAACAUUGACAAGGAUGGAAUCAAGCCACUUGUUCCGUAUUUGGCCAACGAUUUUGGAUUGCCCUUUCUGACACCCAAUCGUGUAUUGGGAGAGAAAGUUGAUGCUUUUGAAACUGGUGAAAUGCCGUUUCUUUAUAUAAUGCCGAUAACAGAAGAUCCACCUGUUUACAAAUUGAUGGCAAACCGUUUUGCGGUCUCAGAAGAGGCUCUCGACAAGAAUUCCAAGUACUUGGUCAAGUUAAUGACAAUGUUAGCAAAUGAUGUCUAUUCGACGGAUAUUAAUGAAGAGAUGGCUCAGCGAAUUCUGACUUUUAUAGCAUUCAAUGAACGCUUGAAUGAAGCUGUAACCAAAGACUUUGAACUAAAAUUGAAAGGAUCGACCAACACACUUCGAAGACAAAUGACAAUUGCUGAACUUGAAAACGAGUAUCCUGUUUAUCCCUGGAAGCGAAUUUUCAUGCCGAACUUUUUGAAUAUUGACGUCGCUGAUCUUUCAUUUGAUUUCGUCACCGAUGAUUUAUUUUAUUUAGCAGAACUAAGCGAUCUUCUACAUACUGAAUCCGCACAAUCUUUUUACUUUGAUUCGGUGCAAAAUGAAAAGCUGCGCCAACUUGACCUAAUGUUUGGUGCUCCAUAUCGACAACUCCAUGAACAAAUUUUCUCAGUCAGUCAGUCACUCGCGGAGAAGUGUACAACGAGAAUAGCAAGUUCUGGAAGUGAGCGUUGGAUUGACGAUUUCUUCUUGAGUCAUAUCACAAAGGAAAAGAAUCUUGCUCCAUUAAAAGCACUAGCUGAAGAUGUGCACGAAAACUAUUUGGAGAUGCUCAAAAGUGAGAAAUGGAUUAGCAAAGAAGCUCUUCAAAAAGUUUAUCAAUAUAUCAAGGAGAUCAAAUUCUCUAUUGGUCCAAAAGAGCGAUGGGAUUCGCAAAAGCUCGAUGCUUUUUAUCAAAAUUUUACUCCAUUCGAUGCACCAACUUUCUGGGAUUAUCAAAACGUGGCUUCUUCAUUCCAAGCUAAAACGGAGUUUCAGGGAUGGAAUGAUCCUGCAGCUAUUAUUGUGAAUGCUCAAAACAGAGGAACGGAAUUCCAGAUUUACCUUGGAAUAAUUGAAGAACCGAUGUUUGCAUGGGAUUAUCCAUUAGAGAUCAAUUAUGGAUCAAUGGGAAUGAUUAUCGGACAUGAGAUCACACAUUCAAUUGAUCCUAAUAUUAGAGGGCUUAAGCGAAAUUGGCUAACGAAAGAGGAUUUGAAAGCUUUUGACAGAAAAGUUCAAUGUGUUGUGGAUCAAUAUGGGAAUGUUACUGUUCCACUGAGUCAUUCAAACGGAACUGUUAGUCAAGAUCCACACUUCACAUGGGGAGAAGACGUUUCUGAUCUAGGUGGAAUCAGAGUUGCUUACAAAGCCUACAGAAAGGCAUUAGCUCGCCGUGAUGGGAAGAAAUCUCAAAAAUUGCCCGGACUUGAUCAAUACAACAACGAUCAGAUUUUCUUCUUGGGUGCGGCUCAGCUCUUUUGCGAAACCGCCUCUGAUGAAAAUUUAUUGCAAGACCAAUACGGCGACAGUCAUCCCAUUAGUCAAAUCAGACCAAAUGAGCAACUCAAAGAUUUUGAGCAUUUUGCCAACGCCUUCAAGUGUCCUGCUGGCUCUCCAAUGAAUCCAAAGAAAAAAUGUCGUGUUUGGCGUCGUUUGAAUGCA